CUUACCGCCUCUAACUGUCAAUUCUCUUAACGCAAUUGCUGAACUGCCGUCGUUGAAUAUUUGAAACAAAAAAACAAGUUCUUAGCAUUCGCAUGCUAUUGCGCAAUGUUUGCGAAAUGUGCUUGAAACAUGAAACCAAGUUUAAGUUUAGCGUGAUUAGAGAAAGUGUAUACUAAUUAAUAGUGCAAAGUAUUGAUCAAUUGUUUCAACGUGAUUCUAAAUAUAAAAUUCCGUUGGGAAGACAAAGUUCGCGCGCAAUACGGGCGCAGGCAGGUAGUGUGGGCGCGCGGUCGAGGCGCGGCGGGCGGGUGGCGGCGGCAUAUCGAUUCCGCAGCGCCUUCAGUCGGCGUCCGUCGAGCGCCGCGCUGCGCCGAGCCGCCGGCGAGCGGGCGUCGCCCCUCCCUCGGCCCGCACCCUGCCCCCUCCGCCCUCGUCCACCGAAUCUCUCGUCGCCCGUCGCCGGCAAACUCGAACGACCUCUUUCCGCUAACUAACGUCGCACCGCGCCCGCCAGCCGCCGCGGAACUACGCUCGAUCGCUAAGCGACUGACUUUUCCAACUAUAUAAAAAUAACUUGAUUUGGCAUCGUAAAGAGAAAAACUUUCACUGGAUAGUAUCCUAGCAACGUCGGGACGAUGUUUGAGAGUGCGUUGUUAUGGCGUAGGAUCUAAGAUCUACGCUACGUGGUCGGUAGUUCGGUGGUGGUGCGAGUGAUGUGGUGUGCGCGGCGGCGAGCAUGGUCGGCGCGGGGUGCGCGCGCGCCGGGCGGCGCGUAGGAUGGACUGCUGCAACUACGAGUACCGCGCGGGCGGGGGGUACGCCCCGCCCGGCUGGGAGGGCUACGCGCCGUACGCGCCGCUGUACGCGCCGUACGCGCACGGCUACUACGCGCACGCGCAUCAUGACCCCUACGCACGCUACUACCGCUACGACUACCCGCACCACGCACACCAUAAUGAUCAUGUCUCACCAAUGGACUACGGCGCUUACGCGACGAAAGAGGCGCGCGUGCGGCGCGCGCUGGCGCGGCGAGAUGCGCGUGCGCUGCCGGCGCAACACCUGCCUCUCACGCCCACGCCUCCACUAGAACAUGGGCUGAACAAUCGCGGCUCUUCCUACUGUGAACCGCAAAUGUGGUCACAUUAUCAGAUGGGAGCGAUGAGUGGCGGCUGGAGUGGUAGCGGGCCGGGCGGCGCGUGGGCAGAGCGAGGCACGUGCGCCCGCGACCUUCCACGCUAUCCGCCUGACUGCUGGCCGCUUAAGGGACCUCAGCUGCAUCUCCAAAAUCAAAUGUGCGCUUCCGAAGGGCGAUCGACGCCUUACCCAGUGUAUGAAGACUCUCCGUACAGCGGUCAGAAUGGGCGCAAGCAGAGUCCUGUGCCGCGGUCCGGCCCGGCCGCGGAGCGCGCGCGCGAGCGCCUCUCCGCCGAGCCCAGGCGGUCGCCUCCGCGCGAGCCUAGGCCGCCUGUAGUGCCUCUACCCGCUUUCCAGCAGGCCUUCGGCUCCACAGAAAUAGGGAAGUUUGCGGAGGCAUUCAGCCGCACGGAGGUCGCGCUUGAGGACGCCUCGGAGAGCUUUAGCUACGAGUCCUUCCCCGAGUGGGACGCGCCCGAGCCGCAGUGGUCCUCCCAACCUGCUGCGCGAGAGGUCAAAUGUGAAGACACCUUUUGAGCUGACUUCGCUCUAGUGCUAAUUUUCGGCGUAAGCCGACUAGUUAAUUAGACAAUUUUUAGUUCCACCACCUUGUUGCCAAAAUGAUUAGAGAUGGAGUUCGAUAUCUUAGAACUUUAGGAUGUGAUACCAAAUUUACAAACGUGUACGAAUAAUGAAUCGGUCGGUAAAAUUGUGGUGUGUCGUUUAAUUUAUAUGAAGUAGCAUAAUGUUAUUGUUCCCUUUGACUAGUUUUAGACUCACCUUAAUGAGAUAAACAAAGUAACUUACUGGUAAAGGGAUGUAGGGAUUAAGGUACUGCAAUGCAUAGUAGAACAAAUAAAUCAUGACUAAAUGUGCCUUUAUUCGGAGAGCCCGGCCCUAGCGCGCCCCCGCCCCCCGCCCGCAGCGCGCCGGCGUGGAUGACGUCAUACAAUAGCAAUUAUUGGGACCAACGUUUAGACAAAUAUACCUACACCACCCAGUCGCAUACACGACCGAUGCUUACAUGCACUCUUCAGCAACGUUGUUCUUUACGUAGCAGGAACAUUACAACAGUUAGGUUAGACAAUGAUCAAUGAUACAACCCUAUAGGACUACAUACAGGAAACAAAAGACGACGAAACAAUUAUAAGACAUUCAACACACAACUUAUUUUGAUAUGCCGUAGAAAAUGAUCUUGAAACUGUGUCGUCAAAAAAACGUUUUCAAAUAUACGUUCUGGGCAAAUCGAAUGGAGGGGGGCUAGGGAGAUGCCGCGCGAUACUAUAAUAAACAUUCGAAAUUAUUCAGGAAAAAUAUAAACAAGUCAUGUAUGUACGUAGGUGUAUAUUUAGGUAGUUAAAUUUGAUAAAAUUUUUGAAGAGAUUACACACUUAUGAAUAAAACGGCUUUUUAAUUAAACGAUUAGGGGUCCAACAACUUUCAUGUAAAGUCUGUAAUCAUUGUGCUAAUUUCUUUAAAAUCAUAUGUGACGAGUCCCACGUUGACUUGCCACAAAUUAUUUCUGUUACAGAAAUGGACUUUUAGUCAGACCGAAAUUUUAUUGGGAAUGAUACCAAUAAUUAAUUAGUUAUUGAGUAUGUUUAACUCUCUGUGAUAUAUUAAUUUUGUUGUGUUACUCCUAAAUUGUACGUGUUUACUGUUCAAUUGUAUUUGUAGUUCCUCUAUUAUUUGGUACGGAUUUGUUAGUUAAUUCGCACAUUUAAUUGAAACGUUAGUAAACUUUUGAAGAAAGUUUUGUAACAGUAUUAUGAUUAAGUCGUUACUUCGUUACUUAAAAUUUCUGAAGUUGUUGAUUUCCAAGUAGGUAUGUGCCACCUGUUGGAUUGAUUGAUCUUGUUCUUUGUAAACUCUUUAACCGCUACCGAAUCGUGGUUUUUCGCCUUUAAUUUUCAUCAUUCCUAAGUUUAGUUAUGUUAUGAAAAUUUCACAACGAAUGAAAAUUCGGCGUUUUCAUAAACCAAUAAUAUCAGAGGGUUUUACAAGUAAAAAGUGUAGGUUUAAAUUGCAAUGGAAUCCCAUUCAAAAGGCAGUAGAAAGUAAAGCCAGGCACCGCCGGCAACCAUCUUCUUCCAGCGGUCUUCGUGUAAUAGUUAAACAAAUCUUCGUGUACCAGUAUUUUUGAUCUCUUUCGACAAAAAACAGCAAAAUUAAUGGAGUGCCUUACCUAUUUAAAUAUGAUAUGAAAUUAGGAUGGAUGAAUUUUAUUCUAGCAUAAUUUGAUGAAACACCAUAAUAUAAUAGCAUAAUAAAACUUCCUUGAAACCGAGUAGGUAUUUCUUUAAAUAGUAGAUAAUAUAUUGUAAUGAAUUUAAUAAAAGUUAUUUAAUAAUUAUACAUGUAAUUAAUAACAUAAAUAUGUACUAAAAUAAUUAUGGUGUGCACUAUUAUUUGAAAGAAAAUAUAUUUACGAAAUCAAUUUGUUAUUUUGUAGAAACGUAAGUAGGUCUCUACUAAUUUUUGUUUGCGUCUUUAAUGCUAAUAGCCUAUACCUUCCAUUUAUUUCCACUGUCUUAAGAACCGUCUAAUUAAAUAUAAGCAUUGAUUGUAGUAUGUCUAACUAAAUUGCAUGUGAGAAAAUCUGUAAGAAACCUUCAUUAUUGCACUUUAGAAAAUCUACGAGGCUUGUCUUUUAUAUUUUCAUAUAAUUCACAAUAGAACAAAUAGCAAGACAAAUUACAUACUUUCGUGUAACCAAGUUGGCAGCUUGGCGCUAGGACAAAUACUUCCAUUUUGGAAUCCAAAAUGGCGGCCAUGCACUAUGUCAUAAAAGUCGUCAUGGAUGUCAAGAGUUAGACCAAGAGAAGUCUGCAACGAUAAAGAUAGCAUACGCAGUGCAAGUGUUAUUUAUACAUACGUCACAAUUUCAUAGAAGUUGACGUUUAAAAUAACACUUGCAACGCGUGUGCUAUCAAAAUCGUUGCAGACUUUUCUUGGUCUAACUAUGACCAUCAAGGGACAAGUUUUUAAGCAUUUAGCUGCGUAAGGUAUUACGUUCGAUUGAUUUGCCUCAACACUUUAAAUGUCAAGUAUUUUUAGUGAACGCUUGAUAAAAUAUUGAUGCAAUUCUGGUAGAAAAAAUGCUCCUGUUAUUUUGAACUCUUUAUUAAUAAAGUUUAUUAAAUCUAAAUGUAGCCUGUGCCACAUGAUGUGUAUAUACAAUAUACAUUUCUCUAGAUAGUCCUAUUGUUAUAUGUUUAUAUUAGGAAGGUCAUUUUUACUAUAGCGAAUGUAAAGAACUUAUUGAAAUUAGGUGUUCCACAAUAGAGCUUCCUGAUUGAUAACUCCAUGAUUUGUCUACCAUCAAAGUUAGUUGUGUGUUGUUCCCAAAUUGUAUUGUAAUAAAAUGUAUCUUUAUUAUAAAACUACGAUACUUGCCGAAGCUGAUUAUUGAGCAUAUCUAAAAAAGUUAUUUUAUCUUUAUCACGUUUUUAUGUUUUCGUAAUUAAAAAGAACCUCAAUACACGCACUAAAAUUUUAAUGAAAAAAAUUGGCAACAAAAAGUAAUACCUAAUAGUUUUAAGAAAGUAUUAUUUUUGUCCAAAGUUACUUUAGAUAAUAUAUGCUCUAAUGUGGUCAUAUCAUUGACAAAAGGGAUUUUUUCGGAAUAGCUUCAGUUUGUGGUUACCAUUUUUUUUGUAAUAUUCCAAAUAAAUUCUUAACAAAUAUAUUUAAAAAAAAUCUACUUUGACCUGAAAUCAGAUGUAAACAAUAUUAUGACGAUAGAUCAAUUUUGCUCAAACUUGAAACUACUUAAAUAAAUUCUUACAUGAAUUAAAAAAAUAUAAUCUUAAGGCUUAUUCUUAUUGUAAUAACAGGGUGCCGAUUUUUUAAAUUCGAUCGCUCGAUUUCGUCACUCGAAAAUCGGUGAGAAACAGCGAAAUGCUAAUUUUUGAAAUACGAGCGAUAGAAAUUUGGAAUCUAGUGAUAUUGACCACUCGUUUUCAACUCUAUUUGUAGAAUUUAAAUGACUAGUAGUGGAAAUAUUAUUUAACGAUAUACACGUUUCGAGCGGUCGAAUUUCAAAAAUCGGCCCCCAGGUUAUGAAUUUGAUCCGGAUUUGUUAUGGAUAUAAUCUGUCAGUGUCAAAAGUGAUAUUUCUGGUUAUUAACAUCAGAAUGAGCCUCCUUAUCGUUUGACUAAAUUAAAGGCCUGUGUA